CUGAUGCAGCGACACUUAUGCACGCUGUUCUCGUUACUUUGGCUUCAGUCCCGGUUUAUGUGCAUCAUGGCUGCACCUUUCACUCUGUUAGUUUUGUGCUGGGCAUUCAGGUCGAGCUGCAGUCAGAAUCCACCUGAAUUGUUUCAAAACAUUUCUACCAACCUCUUCAAUUUGCCUGGGGACAUUUUGCUCGGUGGGCUUUUUCCCAUUAACCUGCUCUCCAGCAACCUGAGCCAGAGGACGAGGCCUGACAACAUCAGUUGUGAAAGUGUGAAUAAGUUAGGACUUGGCCUCGCUCUGGUAAUGAAAUACGCAGUGGAUGAGAUCAAUGCGCAACAUGUUCUGCUUCCUGGCAUCAAGUUGGGUUUUGAAAUCUAUGAUACAUGCAAACAAUCUGCCGUCGUUGUAAAGCCCACCAUGUCUUUCCUCACUGCAAAAUCUAACAAAGUGCUAUCUGUGGAGUGUGAUUACACAGAAUAUGAGACCAGCAUAUCAGCAGUGAUUGGUCCCCUCACCUCAGAAAUGACAUCGGUCAUAGGAAAACUCCUGGGAUUCUUUCUGAUGCCGCAGGUAAGCUUUGGUGCCACCAGUGACAAAUUCAGUAACAAGCUUCUCUACCCGUCAUUCUUCCGCACGGUUCCGAGUGACAAAUGGCAAGUGGAGGCCAUGGUGUGGCUGUUGAAAAGGUUUAAUUGGAACUGGGUGGCAGUGGUGGGCAGUGAAGAGGAGUAUGGAAAAGCAGGUGUGCAGGAAUUCUCCAAAUUGGCAGAAAACACGUCCAUCUGUGUGGCCUAUCAAGGACUAAUUCCAGUGUACACGGACCCUCAAUCAGCAAUAGAUACCAUCAUCAACAACAUCAACGCAACCAAAGUUAAUGUGGUCGUGGUCUUUUCUAUUGGGGAGCCAGCUUCGGUCUUUUUUACAGAGGUCAUCAAGAGGAAUGUAACCGCUGUGUGGAUCGGCAGCACAAGUUGGUCCAUGAGCAAUCGGUUGACUUCGCUCGACCACAUCGAAAGAGUCGGCACCAUCAUCGGUUUCACCGAGAAGACCAAACCCCUGGACCUGCUCACCAGCUACACGCGGGGGCUCCUCGCCAAACUGAGCAAAGAGAGGGACGGGACCGCCCCUCCAGCACGUGGAUCAAACGAUCCAAAAAAUCCCUGCCCGCAAUGUUGGAACCUGUCGACCACAAAUGUUUCCCUGGUCGAAGACGCCGCAGUGAGGCAGCAAGCUUUCAGUGUGUAUGCCGCAAUCUACAGCGUUGCCCAGGCCCUGCACAACCUGCUGCAAUGCAAUUCGACUGCCUGCAUCCAUGGACCUGAAACCCAAAUCCUUCCCUGGAAGCUGUUGGAGGUUUUAAAGAAUACUUCUGUGGACAUAAAUGGCACACAUUUGAUGUUUGACAGUAACGGCAACCCGAACAUAGGAUAUGAAAUAAUUCAGUGGGUCUGGAACGCUUCAGAUGUAACAUUUGAAACUGUUGGGAGCUUUCAUGAACAACUGAGUGUCAACGAAAGCCUCCUCAAAUGGCACACCCCGAACUCAAUGGUUCCUCAGUCCACCUGUUCGUCAGACUGUGGAAAGGGCCAGGUCCGCAAGGUCAAAGGCUUCCACUCCUGCUGUUUUGAUUGUAUCAACUGUACGGAAGGAACUUACCAGGAAAAAGACGAAGACAUCCAGUGCAAACAGUGCCCAAACCGUACGUGGUCCACGAGCCGCAGCACUGGCUGCGUCGACCCCACCUUCUCCUAUUUUUCCUGGGACACGCCCGAGGCUUGGGGGCUGACACUGGCUGUGGUGCUGCUCCUGGUGUGCGAGAUUUCCGUGGGCGUCGUGUUCCUGCAACACCGGGGGACCCCGGUGAUAACGGCCUCGGGGGGAGCCCUGAGCUUUGUGGCUGUGGUCGGCCUGAUGGGAGCUUCCCUCAGCCUUCUGCUCUUCCUGGGGCAGCCGGGGGACUUGGUGUGUCGUCUUCAGCUGCCCCUCAACUCCGUUUUCCAAACGGUGGCCCUCUCGGUCAUGACUUCCAUCUCACUACAGAUCUUGUACGCGACAGAGUUCCCAAAGACGGCCGCCCCUCACCUGCCGGUACUGAGAGGCCCCGGGACCUGGCUGUUUGUGCUGGCCUGCUGUGCUCUGCAGGCUGGUCUGUGUGGCUUUUUUGUUCAACACGGGAAUUCGCUGUCUGAGCACGUGACAAACAUGAAUAUAAAUUUUCUGACAACGUUUCUGGCGUGUCCAAUGUUACUGUCUGGGUUUGCUCUAAUCCAAGGUUUCAACUGUGCAAUGGCCCUUUUAUCUUUCAUGUGCACCUUCAUGGCAGCAAAGCCUCUUCAUCAGUACAACCUGGCCAGGGACAUCACCUUCUCCUCGCUGUUCUACUGCGUGACAUGGGUGACCUUUAUACCGAUCUACAUGAGUUUGAAUGUGAAGGACAGGUCCAUAGCGCAUGUUCUUUUCUCCCUGGGAAGCAACCUGGCAUUGGUGGCAGCCUACUACUUCCCAAAAUGCCACUUGCUGUUGAGAAAGCCUGAGCUCAACACAACAGAGCAAUUUGGUACCUUCCUAGAGGGUGCUCCAGUAACACAAGCUACAGAGGAACCACAGCCCCAGAAUGGGGAAAAGACAUAGACUUAAUUGCAGUUUUGUAUGAAUAAUCUGUACCAGUCAAACAUCUUUUUUUACAAUUGCCCGCUGUAUUUGUGACUGUUUGUGUGUGUGUGUCUUACUUUAGGACUACAGUUUAGGCUCUCAUAAUAUGAAUAUGUUAUUUUGCCAUUUACAUUAUAAAGGGUCCAAAUGUCUUGUGCAAUGUUUCGGUGUUCAUGCAAUAAAUAUGCAAAUACAUGUAUUUAUAUGAGAUAACAUUUCAUUGCAUGCUAUAAAAAACAGAACAACAUUCUGGCUGAACAACAGUGGUUUUGUGGAAAGCAUUUUAUUGUGACUUUGCAGGUUGAUGACUUGGAUUUAAUUUCAAUUACAAAUCCUGGAGGGUACGUUCAUAAACAAAAAGGGCUUUUUUAAAUUCCUCAUACAAUACGUACAAAUUGAAAAUGUAAUGAACAUAGCCGUACAAUAUAUGCGUUUAGAGUGUAAAUUUAAUCAGGGGUGAAAAGCAUUUAAUCGAUUACAUACUCAAGUACAGUUUUUAUGCAAUUGUACUUUACCUAAGCACAUGCAAAUCAUGCUAUUUUAUACCUUUCUUAAGGAAUAUUGUACUUCAUUGAUUCAAAUGCUGGUAAGUUAGGGGAAAUGUGGCCCUUCUCUAAAUCCAAUCUACAUGUUUGCAGAUUUCAUUUGAUGAUAUCACAGUAGGUGUGAGUUACUGCUGUUUGCUAAUAAAGGUCAUGACCUGCUGCUGUGGGUUUAUUGGUGUCUGACUUGUAACCUGGGGCCCAAGAUGGAUAAUUAAUGGCCAAUUAUUGGAUAAUUGUUCAGAAAUAAACAACAACAACAUGCUGAACAAGGUAGCGAAACAUUUUUGUACAAAAAAAGAUGGGCGUGAUAUCAUAAGAAUUGUCAGUAGCUGUGCACUUAACUUUUAUAGCAGCGUUCAGACACAAG